ACCAGAUACUUUUCCAUGGUUCUGAUCAAGAUCUGAAAAUCUGUAUUUUUUCAACUUGCUGAAAAACGGCGAAUAGUUUUAAAAUCUGUGUCAAUUCAUUGGACUUCUGGAGUGCGGUAAAAAAAAAAUCCUCUUGAAAUGCAGCAAACAACGUUCGAUCACGACUUCCGAAGUUACGAGCUCAAGGUGGAGUUGGCCAAAUGUUUCAACGGGAUCGUAUACCUGGCCCAACAUCGGCCCUCGAGGCGGCACGUCGCAGUCAAGAAGUUCCUGAUGGAGGACAUCAAGAAUGACUUCAACUUCAUCAUGGAAGAGUCGAAACAUUUGCGCGAAUUUGACCACCCGAACAUCCUGAGCUAUCACACGGCCUUCGUACACAAUCUGGACCUGUACUUUAUCCUACCGCUGAUGUGCUUCGGUUCGUGCCGGGACACCAUGAGCAAUUACUUCGAAACGGGCCUGCCGGAGAUUGUGCUCGCGUGCAUUCUGCGGGACGUCGUCAACGGGCUGGAGUACUUGCACCGGAAGGGAUACAUCCACCGGUCAAUCCGGGCCAGUCACAUCUUCCUGAACGAGUCCCGUGCCGUCAUCGGGGGCUUCCGGGUGUGCACCAGCUUCCUCGGGGAAGGCAAACGCGUCAAAACCAUGCACGAAUUGCCUCCCCACUCGACAAAGAGUCUAAACUGGCUCGCGCCGGAAGUGCUGGCCCAGAAUCUGCUCGGGUACACGGAAAAGUCGGACAUCUACAGUCUGGGCAUCAUGACGUGCGAGCUGGCGAACGGUGUGGAACCGUUUAGCAACUUCCAGACGACGCUAAUGCUGACGGAAAAGAUGCGUGGCUAUCAGCCGCAGCUGCUCGACUGCACGACGAUUCCCAGCGAGGAAGUGUUCGCCCAGGCAAUGGAAUCGGGCGGCGUCGGGGACAGUGGUUCGUCGCAGACGCGCCAGAUUUACGCCUCGCGGCAGUUUUCCGAUGCGCUGCACAAGUUUGCCGAGCUGUGUUUGGUUGCCAACCCGAACCUGCGUCCGAACGCCGCCGACCUGCUGGCCCACGCCGUGUUCAAGCAGUGCAAACACACCAGCAUCCGGGAGCAGUUUGCGGCCUGUGGCAUCGAAACGGCCGACUUUAACACCAUCAAAGACUACGACCUCAACCUGUCGAGCGAAUUCUCCAGCAUGUCGAUGGACACGAGCGGUGGCGUCGAGUGGGACUUUGACGAGCAGUAGGGAGGAAACACAGUUCCUUGCGUUUUUUUAUUAGUGCUUCUUGAAAGAAUCAAAACAAUCAAAAUUCAUCGUUACGUGUUGUUACUGGUCGGGAGAGUGUGUUUCCCCCACUCCUUGUUUGUUGUUUUAGAUUCGGUGCAAGGAUUUGUUUCUAGAGGCCGAUUGUAAACGCAUUCUAAACCGGUUAGUGUAUAAAUUAGGCUUUUAUUACUCAUUUAAAAUAUAAUAAUAAUUUUAUAUAGAUAAAAGAAGUGGUUUGACUUUAUUGUUUGUCACGUUUUAACGAAUAAUGUUUGAAGAAAUGCGUCCGAUAGUGCACUACGAAUCGUUCGAAAGGAAAAGAAUGCAUUAGAAUGCUGCAAAUGCGAGUAAUACUAAAGGUAAGGAAUUUGUAUAUUUUUGCUUGUUUUCUGUAAGAAGCUUCCAGUUCUACGGUUGUUUGCUGAUGCUAAUGGUAAAGUGCAAAAGAAAUCGUUAAGUAACACUUGUAUAUUGUCUACACUUUAUGGUUGUUUUUCCUGGAUAAAGAAGAAGCUAAACGAUAGUUUUCCACAAUUAAAUACGAGCUUUGUAUCUUUGUUUCUGGGAAAGAUUCCACAUAAAAGUUGGGCACAUGUUCUCGAAUUCGAUUUUGUUCUGUUUCUCAAGUUUUGUUUUGUGU